AUGAAUGUCGAAGUGUGUAAAAGGUUCAAGAAUGUAUGGGAGGAUUUUCCCGAUAAAUUAGACGGUGAUGAAAAAUACCAAUUUAAUGAUGAUAAUUUUUUCAAAGAGUAUUGUAAUAAUAAGUGUUCUAGUUAUAUCGAUAAAAUAAAUGUUGGAUUUUUAUAUUUGUUUGAUGGAUUCUUUAAGAAUUCUUCUGUGUUUGAGUCUGUUGCAAAAAGUAACAUCAAUAUUGUUGAAUACAUUAUGAUAUGGUUAAGUUAUAUGUUUAACCUAAAGAAAGAUAACAGCAUUAACACUAUAGAUAUGUUUUAUAAUAAUUAUAUAGAUAAUGCUAAGUAUAAAAAUUCUAUAGACGAUGUUGGUGAUUAUAAUAGUUAUGAUGAUCUUAUAAAUAAAAAAAAAUUGAUGAAAAUGAAUAUUAAAGAUAUAUCUAAAUUUUAUGAUCCAUUUAAAUUAUUAUGUGAAAUGUAUACUGAAUUUGAUGAAAAUAAGGAAGAUUGCGCAAACUGUUCGGAAAAAGCUGAUAAAUUUGUUAAACAAUAUGAAAAACUUUACGAGGAUUAUAAUAGCACUGGAGAAGAUUCAUAUAAACAAGUAUUGUGUACUUUAUCAAAUGAUUAUGAUAAUUUUAAAAAGAAAUGUAGCGAUAGUUCAUCGCUUCCAACGAUAGAAAAAGAAAAAAUUCCUUCAAUAUGUCCUAAACAAAUUUAUGGACAUAUUUCUGAAGUUACAUCAAGUUCGUCGAUAGCAAGCAAAUUAAUUCCGGUUUUAUCGAUAUUUGGUGCAAUAGCAAUUUUCUUGGGAAUUGCUUAUAAGUAUUCGUUAUUUGAAUUUCGGAAAAGAGAUCAAAAACUACAUUUAAGAGAAAAAAUAAAAAAUAUAAAGAAGAGAAUGAAUCAUUAA